AAUUGAAUUUGUGAUCUAUUGUUAUUAAAUUUGUUACUGAUUUGCUUGUUAAAUCUGGAUUUGCAUAGAUUCCUACCUCUUGUAUUUCUUAAAUUUUUGCUGAUGCUACUGCGAUUUCAUGUUCUGUUGAUUCUUCUUAUUGCUGUUGUGAUUGAAAUUUGAUGAUAAUUCUUUUUCUUCUGCGAUGAUGUAUUGUGGUUGUUGUGUUUGAUAGUUUUUCAAAUAUGCUCCAAGUUCUUCCAAAAUUACAUCUAAAUCUAAAACUUCAUUCCAAGAGAUUUUCGAUAGGAUUAGACGAGAAUUUGGCUGAUAUCUAUACAAAAAGCAAUAUCAAAUACCAUUCUGGCUGCAGUUGGAUUGCAUUGUUUCCGUCAUCGGAACCAGGCAAGAGCCUUUUCCAUUUACAAUGUUAUUAUUAUAUAUAUGUUUUCCAUUUUCAGGUUCCUGGAAGAUCAGACAAUGACAUCAAAAAUUUUUGGAACACAAGAAUGAAGAAGCGCCUAAGAGAAUAUCCUCCACAAAUAACGGUUCAACAAGUACAACACUUUUCCUCAUCACCAUUUUAUUCGGUCUUAGCUUCAUGUUACCCUAAAAAUAAUCUCAAUGUUGAACUACCUUCAAACAUUUCUGCUGCCAAUUCUCCACCAAAUCAUAAUCAGAAACAACCUAAUCAAAAUUAUUAUUCUUCUUCUUCUUCUUUCUCUUGCACCAAUAAUAAUGCAAGUUUUGUAUUGCCAUUAGCCCCUAUGUCUCCUUAUUGUAAGAGUAGUGGUUUAUUGAAUGAUGUGGUGAUGGAGGGUAAUGCUCUUUGUCGCAAGGGAAAGUCAAAGAUGGAUGCAACCAUUGUUAUUGUUAGGGAGAAAGAAGAAUUAGCUGAUAAGAGGAAAAUUAUUGAAGAAGGUAAAGAGCCACCGUUGCCACCAAUUGGAACCAGUAAAAAGGAAGAAACAGCCACCAUUAUUGCAACUCAAAGCUCUUCUCAUCAAUUGAUUUCAACAGAGAAGAAUGAUAAUGGAGGUUGUAACAAUAACAAGGAGGCAUUGAAUAAUUUUAUACCACAAAUGGACGAUGAAUUGCUUAGCAUACUUAAAAAUUGUCCAAUAUAUUCGCCAGUGCGAAAGUGGUACAAAGUUGAUUAUGAUGAGGACUUCCCUGAUGAUGAUGAUGAUGGAUUUGAAUCUUGGUAACAUACAGAAUAUUGAUGGAUGGUAAUAACUAAAGAAAUCAUAUAUGCAUUCAUUCAUAUAUUUAGAAUAAUUAGAAAUCCAAUAUGCUAUGUUAGGAUUUUAAGUUAGGUAAGCAGAAGAACACACUGCAAUUUCAAAGUGUGCAGGUUAGGGCAAUCAAAUUUAUUGAGUUUUUUUUUUAGAUGUCCUUAACAAAUGUCAUGACUUAGCUUGUUUAAUAAUUUUUUCUUGUGUGCUUUCAUACAUGCAGUUGAAUGAAAUUACAUUUAGGCAAUUCUUGAUAUAUUGAAUAAAUAUGUUUUAAAAUA